AGGACCCUAAGUUGCAGAACGACCAUCUUUCGGCCUCCGGGAGCCCCCCGGACAGCGCCCGCUUUUUUUUUCAUGGCUCAGCUUCAGCUCCUUUGCCACCUGGCGCUCAUGCCGAAGGCUUCGGGGGCCGCGCGGCAUCGCGCCAGGCUGGCUAUUCUGGUGGUCACUGUGCUCUUGAUGUUCGUGCAAGUCGUGCUGGAGAUCGGCGUGCACUUUUCUUAUACGAUUCAACUUAUCAAUCUGGUGUUUAUGCCAGUCGCCCUCUGCUUGGCUUGGCACUUCCAGUCCCAGCUCGAAAGCAACAUCCCCUUCAUCUGGCACGAUGCCCACGCAAGCAACUUGCUUCUGACUGCCAUGUUCUACAUGAUCGUUGUACUCUAUCUGUUUCCAUUGCUUCUGCGUGGGUCGGCGGAGGAUCUGGCUGAGAGCUUGCUUCUGAAUGUUGCUGGAUACUUUACCGUCUACCUGCCUCUGCUGGAUGAGAUCUUCUUUCCGACGGUCUUGAUCACAGUCUACGCAGUCAUGGCAUCAGCUUUGGUUGUAACGGCUGGCAGUGUGCAAGUCACUGCAGGAAUGAGGCAGCAGGUGCUAGCCCAUCGCAUCGCCUCUGCACAAGAUCCUUGA